UUUUUGAAACUUAAGAUGAUACAACUAUCAAUCUUAUUCUAUCUUUUAUCUAUUUUAUAUCAACAUAUUUUCAAAAAUAACAACUGUACUAUUUGUAAAAUUAUGAAAUCUUGUGUGAAGAAAAGAACUCAGAAGAACCAUAAGAGACCUUUAGUGAUUGGUCCUUUUGUUUUUGUGAUGCUUAUUGGGCUACUCCCUUGUUGUGAGACCACAUCAGCUGUGAAAGGCAUCACUUUAUUCCGACACAAAGUCACACUUAAGGCUGAGACAUGGAAUCUACUUCCAUGCAAGUUCUACCCAGAACAUCCAAUCAAUCCAGCCGAUCUUGAAAUGGAAUGGGGGAAAGUUCCUGAAGGUGGGGGGAAGUACACCCCUUUAAUCCAUUUUUACAGCAGCGGUGUUCAGACCUUUCAUGACAACAGUGAGAAGUACCAGCUCUUUGUAACUCUGGUACCCAGUGGGAAUUGUACAUUGAUUAUCAAUCCCACAGAAGACACGGACAGUGGAAUAUAUGAAUUCUGGAUGACGGUGAAUAAGGAGCUGUAUAAACCCUCUUCCAGGAUUAAAGUUGUCAUUUCGGAUGAAAAGAAAUCUUCUCAGGCACGUGCAUUUUGGCACAAGAAAACUACAACAGUUCCAACCACUACAACGACAACGACAACCGCUGCAACUACUGUAAAACGCAGAGCAAGGCCGGCUACUACAGUCAGCACUGAUUCCACUGAUUCCACUGAUUCCACUGAUACCACCGAGAGCAUGGCAGUUACAGUAUUGAAGAUUACCGUACCGCUUCUUGUGAUAGUCACAAUCAUGUUAGCAGUCGCAAUUUAUCUGUAUUGCAAACUGAAGCACAAAGUUGAAUCUGGGGAUGUGGAAAACCCACAAGUGAGCACCCCAGCAGCUCAGUCUCCGAGUGCAACAACUCUUGAAGUUGAGGAUGAAAUUGAUGAAGAGGAGACUGAUGAGGAAGAGGAAACUGAUGAAGAAGAGGAGACUGAUGAAGAAGAGGAGACUGAUGAGGAGGAGACUGAAGAAGAAGAGGAAAUUGAUGAGAUGUGAUCUCUUAAAGAGAAACCACAGGCCACAAAUGGUGGCAAAUGUGUAGGGCCGCAUCAAUAGAAAGAAGGGAGCCCAAUGCGGCUCCCUUUGGUGCGGGGUAGGUUAGGGGGACAUACGUGUACAUACAGAUACUUAUUGUACAGCGCUGCGGAAUAUGUUGGCGCUUUAUAAAUAAAUGUUAAUAAUAAUAAUAAUACCUGUUUAGUUCUUCAUAGCACCAUAUUGGAGCUAUAAGCCUGGAUUGCAUCUCUUUUUGCAUCUUUGAAAUAAAAUGAAAUG